GAGGCUGGUCACAGAACCAAUAACAACAACAUUAGCAGGAGCAAGCUAACGGAACUCGGGGAGAACUUGGCGUUUUUGCGAUCGUGUUUUCUUCUCGUAGGACAUUAGUUUUUAAUCUCUGGCUGCCAGUUUGUUGUAAAACGGUAUAUUGGACGACAUGAACGAUACAUAGCGAUCUGUCACCAAGACAUUGUGGUCUGUUAUCUAACAUCUGCUAACACUAGCUAAACGACAGCUAACGUCAAGUUAAUCCUUCCCGUCUUUGACGCUUUUUUAGUUCAGUUGUUUAAAUGUUGAGGAAUUAACUUAAGGGAAGAGAAGUGAAAAGAGAAGGGAAGUAUUGUCAGACGGUGCAUGUGAGAAAAAAAAACCCUAGCGGGGGGAACUACUGGAAUUAUCAGACCUUCGCGGAUAUUAAGUGCAUCUGUCAUCGACCAAGGAUGGCACAUCCGGAUGUGUGGUGGGUAGGAGCUCGGCUGAGUGUCCUUACACUGGUUCUCUGCAGUGUAUUUGUCCCCUCACCCACAGAUGCUUAUAUAUAUGCUCAUUACAGCAAUAUGACUUCCAUGCUAUUUGAGGACCUACCAGCUUUGUUUGGAUCUCCAGUUCCCAAGGACGGAUUAAUGGGAGUGUUGGUGGUGUCCCGUCCUCAAAAUGCCUGCACACCCAUCGACCCUCCUCCCCCACUGCCGCCAUCCUUUGAUGCGAACACCACCAAAUUUAUUGCUCUCAUCAGACGCUUUGACUGCAAUUUUGAUAUCAAGAUUUUGCACGCACAACAAGCUGGAUUUGAUGCUGCAAUCGUUCACAACAUGUAUUCGGACACUCUGCUUAAUAUGAACUACAGCAACGACACCAUAGCAGAGGAGAUUGAGAUCCCUUCUGUAUUUACAAGCUUCCAUGCUGCACAAGUUCUUCGAAGAUUCCUAAUUCCUGAAAAAGGGGCUUAUGUCAUCCUCAAGCCGGAGUUUGCUUUUCCAUUGUCAUACUACCUUAUUCCUUUUACUGGAGUAGUUGGCAUGAUUAUUCUUGUGAUGUGUAUCAUCUUGAUAAUUCGAUGUGUACAGUAUCGAAAAAGGCUGAGGAAGAAUCGUUUGUCCAAGGAACAACUCAAGAAGAUUCCUACACACAGGUUCACCAAAGGUGAUGAUUAUGACGUCUGCGCCAUCUGUCUGGAUGAGUAUGAGGAAGGAGACAAACUCCGAGUUUUGCCUUGUUCUCAUGCUUACCACUGCAAAUGUGUCGACCCGUGGCUCACGCAGACCAAGAAGACGUGCCCCGUGUGCAAGCAGCGCGUCACCCGCAACAACCCCGAGCACUCCGAGUCCGAGUCCGAGGAGGAGACCGGCGGGCGCGAAGAGGAGGAAGGAACCGAGGGCGACGCAGACUCGGAGCGCACGCCCCUGCUUCGGCCCUCCAACCCGGGGUCCCCGCUGGGGAGCCCCACGGCAUAUUCGGCCACCACCACCACCGCCCAGUGCCUCGCCUCCCCCGCCCACUGCGACUCGCCCAUCAUCGGCUACGAAGGCUACUACUCCCCGCAGGAGACGGACUCAGAUAGCGACGACGACACAGGGGAGGACAGGCACGACACCGAGGAUGACACCGCUCAGCUCAUCGGGCGGGAUCGAGUAGAGAUCUGAUGGCUGGCAUCACAGCCACAAUGAGAUUACCUAGUUUUAACUAAAAAAUAAAAAUAAAAAGGGUCUUUCUCUCAUCGGGUGUGCCGCACAAUGUUACUUUGAAAUGCUUUCAGAUUUGUGGUUAGCAAGGCAUGUAGGAAACCUGCCACGUUUGUUGAUUGUAACAGAAUCUUUUCGCAGCCAACCAGAUGAGAUGUACUUUUAAGUGUCAAACCACUGCAGCACUCGCAGUGAUGAGUUUAACCAAAAUCAGUCCACUUCAACACACUCACCUUACUCCACUACCCUUGUCUGCAGACUCAGUUUUUUGCAUGUUGUAAUUUUUAGUUCGAUCAUGCCACCUAACGAUCAUGUCGUCCAAAAGGAAAUGUCUUUGAAGAAAGAGUGUGACGUCUGUAGAUGAAACCUGUGUAGCCAAAUCCAUCAUCCUUAACAUGGAUUGCCAGCGUUUGCUGCAUGUAGUGCAGAUUGAAUGCUUUAUGUUGUCUUAAAAGUUAUUUUCAGCAAGUUGAAGGAUUUUUUUCAUUUUUGAUCACUUUAGUUCUCUUUGACUAAGUUUUACCUUUCUUUUAAAAAACAUUUUUUUCCAACCUAAACAGUGACUUUCACUAGUAGAAUAUCACAAUUAACUCUCUGCUGCUUUUACAGUGUCACUGGUAAGAACAAUAUUUGUAGCUUUAUCCAGUUUGUCAAAUUGAGCAGACUCAGGUCAUAGCAAA